GGAUAUGAGCCUUACCAGACGUUUUAGUUUAGUAACUAGUCAGACUGAUGUGCACUGUGAUUUCACUAGUCUUGGAUCACUAAAUAAAUUGACAAACAGUUGGAAGACACUGUAUGUGACACCUUCUGAGAUCUGUGGACUCAUUGGAGAAACCUGAUUUUUGCAUUAAGGAUCUUUUUUUACAUUUUAUAUAUUAAUUUUUGGGAAAGUUUGGAAAUGCAUUCUGACAGGAAUCUAAGGACAGCUAUUUGCAUCAUCUUCUUUUUUAUUGUCUACUCAGCAGAAGCAGAGGUGGCCAGAGGCUGUUCUCACCCAUGCUCAUGCCCUCCGUCUCCACCCUCUUGCUCUGUUGGUGUGAGUUGGGUGUUGGAUGAGUGUGGUUGCUGUAAGGUGUGUGCCCAACAGUUUAACCAAGAUUGCGGCCUUGACCGUCCUUGUGACCACAUCAAGGGCCUGCGCUGCCACCUAGGGGCUGGAGGGGACCCUCAGCGUGGUCUCUGUAGAGCUGAUGCACAGGGACGUCCGUGUGAGUUUGGAGGCCAUGUGUAUCAGCAUGGGGAGGAUUUCCAGCCCAGCUGUCAGCACCAGUGCAGCUGUAUGGAUGGUGUGGUGGGCUGUAUGCCUCUGUGCCCACACAACAUCCCUCUGCUCAGCAGACAUUGUGCCAAUCCACGUUUGGAGACCCUGCCGGGUCGCUGUUGUGAGGAGUGGGUGUGUGAUGAUGAUAACAGCAUCAGAGAAGACCCACCAGACCACCGGCCUCAUCACCACCCAAUCAACCACAUUAACAAACUCUUACAGAAUCCAAACAGCUUUCAGUCAAGAAGGGGUAACUAUCAAGAGUGGGCAUCCUUGCCAAUGUCUCAGGUUCCUUUCCCGUCCUCUGAAUGUUUCCCACAGACCACUGACUGGUCAGAAUGCUCCACCUCCUGUGGGUUUGGCAUCUCAAGUCGUGUGACAAAUAGUAAUGCAGAGUGCAAACUUGUUAGAGAGACACGCCUUUGUCAGAUCCGAGAAUGUGAUAUCACUCCAGCUAUGAAGAAAGGAAAGAAGUGUCGACGGGCUGUGCGGUCUCGGGAACUGGAGCAGAUAACAUUUGCUGGCUGCACUACAGUUCGCCGCCACCGUCCUCGUACGUGUGGCUCGUGCAUUGACGGCAGGUGCUGUCAGCCAUCGGUAACCCGCACAGUGCGCCUGCGAUUCCACUGCUCAGACGGAGAGAACGUGAUGCGAAAUGUCAUGUGGAUUCAGCGUUGCCGUUGCAGCAAACGCUACUGUGGACGUCAGAGAGAUCGCUCACCCACUGUGAGCCUUCACAAUGACAUACACACCUUCUCUCAAUGAGCAAACACACACAUAUCUUCAACCCUCAUCACUUUACCAAUACCCACACUCAAACACAGACAUAUAUCGAUCACCAUCAUUCCACAGUGGCUAAAACUCACUUUAGACUCUGAAAGGAUGUUUCCAUUCUCUGAGAAGGUUUCUAAACUAAAAAGUAGUGAACUGGACUGGACUAAGCUACUGUUUAUCAGAGGUCUUUCACCAUUAUCUCCAAACACUUCAGCAAUCCAUCUCAGUUCCAAAAAUCUGUUUUAGUUUUGUACAUAGAACAUGUUUUGCACAUUAAAUGUUUCUCAGUUGCUAUGGCCUGCAGGCCCUGUGCUAGUGUUUAAAGGUGAAUCUCAUGAGGUCACAUUUCACAGCCUUAAAAACAAAAUAAGGAAAUAUGUUUUGCUUAAUAAAGAAAAUGAAGCAUAUUUUAAGGACCAUUAAGGACAAUUAGGCACAUUUUAACACAGUUUGUCAUUACAACAACGUAAAAAAAAAAAAUUCUGAAUACCGUAAUUUGGCCGGAUGUUUUAUUUUUGAGUUUUGUAGUAAUACCCAUUAUUGUCUUAUAAAUACAGUAGUUCACAGUCUAAAUAAUACAUUAUUGUUUGUUUUUUUCAUUACCGUAAUGAGAAUGAGAUUUUACUUUUGCAUUACGGUAAUGAUUACAUGAGCAAAAUGUGCUUGAUUGUCAAAAUAUCUUAAUUGUGCUAAAAUGGUGAUUUCUUAUUGCUUUUUUUAAAUUAUUAUUUUGGAUUGAAAUAAGACCUGCAUAUGUUCUUGACUGGUUUUGAGAGAUUCACUCAAUAGUCCAAUGCAAUUAUCCAGAUCUUGUGUUAUGGCUGUUAUACAGAAGUGUCUUCAAAUGUGCCUGAACACUGUUAAAUAUCAUUAACCCAUGACUUCGAUCUUUCCAUUAGAUUUAUUUAUUCUGAUAUUUUUAGAUUUAAAGAGUUCUAUUGUAUCUUGAAGGAUAAGUGAAUUUAUUUUGCUUUACAUGAACAACUUCCUGUCAUUGUCGACGGGUAAGAGAAUGCACUAGUUUGCUGUGAAGAGGGAGGUGAUAUUUUGUAUCAGACAUUAUGUUGCAACAUUUAGCAUCAUGAACUGGGUUACCAGUUCAAGUGAUAAAAUGAAUAUGAAAUAAUAUGAUAAUUUACUAUUAUAAAACAUUUUGCUUUUAAACUUAUAUUUCUGUGCAUUUGUAAUACUGCUGAGUUUAUUUUUUUUUCUUUCUUAUAUUUAGGUGUACAAAUGUUUUUCACAGGUGUGGGCUCAAAGCAUGACAGAGACAGAAUGUUUUAGCAGGUGUGUCUGAGUGUAUACAUAUGAAAGCAAAGACCAUUGGACCUAUGAGCUUACUGUUUUGUAAAGUGUACAGGCUUCACUAUAGGUGGAGUGACUUUUUUGAGACUGCUUCAUUUUUCGGGGCAUACUUUAAAUUCUUCUACAUGCUCUCUUAAAUAGGAGUGAACAACUAUUGUAUAUUUGUUAUGAUAUGUGAUAUAAAUUACUUUGCUGAUCAGUUUGUGUAAGAAAAAAAUUAUAUAAAAAUAUU